AUGAAACCCAUCUGGUGGCCCGGCGAGCAACACGAGCUCUUCACAGAAUGGGCCGUCACGCAAGGCAUCAUCAUUAACGGGGUCAGCCCAGCCAAAUUCGCCGGCCGCGGUCUAGGCAUGAUAGCCACGCGCAAGAUCGAAAAAGACACCAUCCUCAUCUCCGUCCCCCACAACGCAAUGCUCACCCCCAGCAAAAUCCCCCCCUCAUUCACCACCCUCUUCCCAACCGACACACCCACCCACGCCCUCUACGCCGCCUACCUCACCCACACCCCGACCCCCCACGAAGCCCCCUGGCGCAACACCUGGCCCACAAUCACCGACUUCGCCACGAGCAUGCCCCUCCUCUGGCCCUCCUCCUUUCUCUCCCUCCUGCCACCCUCCAUCUCCGGCCAAUGGUCCACCAUCUCCACCCUCCCAACCCCCGCAAACGGGACAACGCAACACCACGACCCAACCCGGCACCACCACCUCCUCUCGCAACAAGAAGGCCGACUCCGGCGCGACUGGGACAUCGUGGAGCGUGUGUUUCCAGCAAUGGACUGGGAGAAGUUCAAAUAUCAUUGGAUUAUUGUCAAUACGCGGAGUUUCUUUUAUCUUUUGCCGGGGAGGGAUAUGCCUGAGGAUAGGUAUGAUGCUAUGGCCUUGGUGCCGGUGGCGGAUUAUUUUAAUCAUUCGGAUGAGGCGUGUAAUGUUAAGUUCGAUGGGGAGAGAUAUGUCUUUCGGGCGGCGAAGGAUUAUGAUGAGGGAGAGGAAAUCUAUAUGAGUUAUGGGCCUCAUCCGAACGAUUUUCUAUUUACGGAGUAUGGAUUCUACUUGGAGGAAAACGUCUCCGAGACGCUGUGCCUGGAUGAUAUCAUAUUCCGAGAUCUCACUCCGUCCAUGCGAGAAGACCUCGAGUUUCAUAAAUACGAUGGAAACUAUCAACUCACGGCCGAGGGCGUCUGCUAUCGCACGGAAAUCGCCGCUGGUCUAACAUACAUGCGACCCAGGGAGUGGCAGGAUUAUGUUCUCGGCUACUCCACCCACGGGGUGGAUAAGAAGAAAUCAGAGGCCGUCAUUAAGCGAUGGAUCGGCGUCUAUCUCAAGGAGGCAGACACGACGAUCGACCACUUGGAGACGCUUCAUCCCGACAAGCCGGAACACCAAGGGAUGGUCAGGAUGCUGCUGAAACGGUGGUGGCAGAUUAGAACCCUCUGUGAUACCGCCAUGGAGGCCGUGUCCUGCUAA